AGAAGAUAUGUGGAUAAUAGAGGAAGUUUCGCUUCUGUCCACCCCGUUGUCUCGGAGUUCUAAAUAGAAACCCGAAGCCAAUCAAAAGGCGGGGACAAGGGGGAAAAAAUUAAAAAGGAAGGCCAAAACAUGGCGGCGAGAUCGGUGUGGCGCGCCAGAGCGAAACUGUUGCUGGCGGCCACAGCCGCGGGAGGCGGAGCCGGUGCGGCUUUGAUUAUGAGCUCCGAUGAUCCAGCGAGCGCAUUCAAGCUCUCCACCGCCGUCCCCAUCCGCUUAUUACGCGAUUCCGUCUCCGCCGCCACUGUAGCUUUUGAUUACAAAUAUUCGCUCUGGGGAUUACCAGAGGGUAGCCCUGAAUGGACAAGAGUUAAACAUGAAGUUCACAUCAGGGGUGCUCGUAGACUUCAAGAACUUUGUUUUAGGAAUGGUGGAGUAUAUAUCAAGCUUGGACAACAUAUUAGUCAAUUGGAGUAUUUAGUACCUGAAGAGUAUGUUCAUAUAAUGAGGGAGUCCAUGUUAAAUAAAUGCCCAGUUUCUACAUAUGAUCAAGUGUGCGAGGUUGUCAAGAAAGAGCUUGGAGGUACUCCUGAAGAAAUUUUUGAGGAAUUUGAUCCUGUCCCUAUAGCGAGUGCUUCUCUUGCACAAGUUCAUAUUGCUCGUACACGUGAUGGACAAAAAGUUGCUGUCAAGGUUCAGCAUACUCACAUGACAGAUACUGCUGCGGCAGACACUGCAACUGUGGACUUAAUAGUGAACACAUUGCAUCAGUUGUUUCCUUCUUUUGAUUACAGGUGGUUGGUCGACGAAAUACGCGAAUCUUUACCAAAGGAACUGGAUUUCUUGGUUGAGGCCAAAAACAGUGUAAAGUGUAUGGACAACUUCAGGAAGCUAUCGCCUCAAGUUGCACGCUAUAUCUAUGCUCCUCGAGUUGAUUGGAAUCUCAGUACCUCAAGAUUAUUAACUAUGGAAUACAUUGAUGGUGCACAAGUAAAUGAUUUGAAGACUAUUCAAAGACUUGGAAUUCAGCCAAGGGAUGUUGCAAAGCUAGUUAGUCAAGCUUUUGCUGAAAUGAUGUUUAAGCAUGGCUUUGUACAUUGUGAUCCACAUGCUGCCAAUGUACUAGUUCGCCCUUUACCAUCUGGCAAUGGGAGCAUAUUUGGCAGGAAAAAGCCACAGUUGGUGUUGCUGGAUCAUGGUCUCUACAAGGAUCUUGAUGAUUCUAUAAGAAUCAAUUAUGCUGCCCUCUGGAAGGGGUUGAUUUUUUCUGAUCCUAAAGCAAUAAGGGAAAAUAGUGUGAAAUUGGGUGCUGGAGAGGACCUUUAUGCAUUAUUUGCUGGGAUACUUACAAUGAGACCUUGGAACAGAGUGAUCGACCCUGCUGUUGAUCAUCUGGUAGUACACGGCACCGACCAUUCUGAACUGCAGAUGUAUGCUUCACAAUAUUUUCCUCAAAUCACAGAACUCCUCAGGAGGUUGCCUCGUGUUAUUCUUUUGAUGCUGAAAACAAACGACUGCUUACGAGCAGUUAGUAAUGAGCUGAUGCAAGGAUCUUCCCUGGAAUCAUUUCUAAUUAUUGGAAGAGUUUCCUCUGAAGCAGUUAUUGAAUCUAAGUUGUGGCAAAAGAGGUCAAUUAUGUCUCGAAUUGAUGUCUGGUUGGAAAGGAUUCUCUUAGAAGCUCGGCUCUUCGGAAUGCAUGUGGCAUUGUGGCUUUUGCUAUUGCGGAGAGCUUUGACUUUGUGAAAGAUAUUAAAUUGUAAUAUGGAAUUUGGGAGAAAUAUCUUCAGGGCUUAUCACGGUACCUCUGUUUUGUCUAGUCCGCUUCAUAGUUCUCUCACUUAAAUUAGAAUUUUGGUCAAUACCUAGAUGAAUUUGUUUUUUCGGUUUUUGA